UCCUCCUUCACAUAACCUUUCGCGCGUUGCCACCGCUCCUACAAAACCCCCCGACGCGUCUGCGCAGCCUCACGAGAGCCUUCCAUUACCCGACGUAAUUUGCACCCAAAGCGCCGGUAUUAAGCCUUACCCUAUCGCUCUACGACCCAGAAUCACACCCAGCCAUCCACGAACUCUCUACACCCCAAAAUGUCUGACAACGGUUCGCCCAACGUGCAGCAGAAGCCUGAGGAUGGUGGCCAGAGCGAGCACCUCAACAUCAAGGUGACGGAUAACAACAACGAGGUCUUCUUCAAGAUCAAGCGCACCACUGCCCUUGGCAAGCUCAUGAACGCUUUCUGCGACCGCCAGGGAAAGAACAUCUCGAGCGUACGAUUCCUGUUCGACGGUCAGCGCGUAACAGCUGCAGACAACCCAGACACGCUCGACAUGCAAGACGGCGACACUCUCGAAGUCCACCAGGAGCAGAUUGGUGGCUGCUGACCGGCGACCCCCCGCAGCGUUGUGCAGAGCUCCCUACAGCUGUACCAAACUUCGACACCCGGCGGCUAAGUCAUCACCUUGUAUACCCACGAGUACGACUUGCCGAAGACCUACGAGUACACGAUUGCUUUCAGCGGCGGCGAUGGCGGAAAAGAGGCAUUGGUUUUGCUUUCAGAUAUGAUUCUAUGGGUUCGGGCGUCACGGAUUUAUCAAGCCCGCCUUGCGCGGCGCUCUUUGUGUCUUCACGUAUUAGCUGAUGGUGCGCCACAUGCGAGGAGGAUUGAAUUCAUUACAUACUUUUCAUGACUUACAUGCACUCCUUUGGCACCAAUGAGCAGUCUGUAUAAUAUGUGUGAGGGUUGGUGCUGUGGGUACGACGAGCAAAGCAACG